AUGCGGGUCUUGUCGAAACAAUUAUUCUCCGCGACACGGUCGUACUUAAACAGGAGCACACGAUUAUCGCUAUCUUGUACAACGUUGAGGUUGUGUUCAUCGGCUGCGAUUCAGACCAUUGAAAAAAAAGUUAAUCCGUUUGGCAAGUUAAAUAUUAAUUUGCCCUACAAUGUUGAAAUAAAAGCAACAGACCCUCAUAAAUAUCCAAAUAUGGAUACUCUGCUGGUUAAAUUGUUUUCUAACGAAGUAACUGAUAUGAAAGAUGAUUUAAUAAAGGUUGAUGUUUCCGAUGUAACGCAAAUUGAAGCUCUUGAAAAUAAUUACAUUGGAGAUAUCAAGUGUGUCAUCGAAGUACCUGUAAGAUAUGAUAUUGAUGCAAAGACAGUGGGAGAAGGAAAUGUAGCUAUUUCUGGGCUGAUAUCAAGUAGUAUUAAUGUACAAACCGAGUAUGGAAGUAUUGUUGGUGCUAAAUUGCAAGGAGAAAAUAUUGUUUUUUCGUCCAGUGAAGGAGGUUCGAUCACUUUGCAGAAAGGAGUUCAAGGAAAUAUUGAAAUUAAUACUGCUGGAGACGGAGCUGUGACGACAGAUAAAUGUGCAGGCAAUGAAUUGGAUAUAUCAACAGAGAAUGGUGACAUUAAUCUCGGUAGCAAUUAUUGUGAAAGAUCAACAUUUUCAACAGUAAAUGGCAAUAUGUACCUUAACAAUUUACACUUAAAUUCAACUAUCGACAUCACCGGCACUGGAUCACUUAAAAUUUGUAAAUAUUUAAUAAUAAAAACCUGUCUCGAUGGAUCUCUACAGGCUAAUUUACAAGAUGGUCCAGCUAAAAUCCAACUCGUUAGGUUAACUGGCGACUCAGAAAUAAAGUCUCAGAAUGAUGUAAGCUUGACAAUUCCAGAGGACAAUGAUGCAAAAUUAAUUUUGAAAGCAUCUAAAUUAUAUAUUGAUCAUAAAUUUACCGGAGAAUACUCCGAUGACGGUAAACAAUUUGUCAGUGAAAAUACCGGAAAUGCAUUUAAAGUAGAAACAAACCAAAGUAUUCAAGUAGCUCCUUCUGAUUGGAUUGAAUCAUUAGGUUUGAAGCAAAGUGUCAAAAAACAUUAG